GUGAGCGAAUGUUGAUGGCCGUUUGGCUUUUGAUUUUGGUGGAGAAACGGAGGAAGACUGUUAAGAAGUAAUGGCAGAAGAUGGAAAAGGUGCUCCGACGACACGCAAUGUUGGUCCUUUAAGUCCCGAGCAAGAAGAAAAACUGAAAGAGUUUAAGAUGCAGACAAGACUUGACAACGAGAGGUAUCUGAGAGCGCAUCCAGAGGUGGAUGAAAUUAUUGGCGAGUUUCUGAGACAAUUGCUGGUUAAAAGGCCGUCAGACAUUGAGGAAUUUGCUGCAGAUCACUUUUCUUCCCUAAAUGAUCCUUCUGGCUCCAGAAUGACAGGAAACAAUGAUGAGGAUUGAAAGCUCCAAUAUCAUCUACCUUGAUCCUUCUGGAGAGACACAUCAGUAACAACCCAACCACCCCCCUCCCACCCCCAAACAGAAAUGACACAGUAGCACACCUGCUUUGAAUAAGCCAGGGAUUGGUAGAAACUCAUCUGGCUCACAUCAGACGAGGGAAUUAGGCAGGACAGGAGCACGCAUUCUCACUCUAUGCAAAGGAUCUACACAGAAAGAGGUGGAAAAUCAACAGGCAAAAUUUCCGCAGAUGUCUCCAAAUGGAAGAAUGUGCUUUGUUGUCCUCAUUAUGGCCUGCACAGUCUUUGCUACUGUGUUUACAGCUGGGCCUGCAGAUGCGGCGUCUGCAGAUAAUAAUCCCUUCAUGGCUAAAAAAAUGAUGAUGAAAUGCUACAAUCAGGGAUACCCUUUGCCUAAGAUGACUCUGUUGAAAACCAUCUUCAAUAACAGUAACCCAUUAGAAGGAGGCCGAGCUGUUGACCAGUCCAACAACCUCCUGUCUACAUUUCUUCAAGUCCAGGAUUUGGUGACUGGGGUCACAAACAAAAACUCCCCGAAUGCACUCCCCAUGGAUGCUCCAGAGACCUGGAUGUGGAAUUGCAGUAACCUUCCAGCAGUAAUAAGGAUGAUAAAGAACUCUGUGGACCCAUCCUGCUGCUAUAUGAAAGCUUUCGUGGCCCCUAUGUCCUGGGCCAUGUUGAGAGCACAGCCUGAAAACUACUUAAAUUCCAGUGACUAUAAAACACUACUGUGGGCUGCCAAACCUGUGCUGGAAGACAUACCCUCAGCAAGAAUGAUGCUCCCCGCCAGGGUUGGCAAGGACAACAUGGGACCUAUGAUGAACAUGCUAACAGAAGUCUACACCGUCAUGACUGAGGAGCAGCGGGAUAAAGUGUUAAACUGGGCCAAAGAACAAGUCCUGCAGAACAACUUUAGCUGUACAAUGAGGCCAUCUUCUGGGCCAAGAUCACCAAUGUUGGAAAGCUGCAAACCGACUUUAGAGUGGCUGGACUCUGAGACUUUGACCAUGAUGGGGCCAUACCUCUCUAAUCUAAGGCCAGACGAUGUAGAUUCCUCUCCAAAAGAAACUCUGUGUGGAUUCUUCCUCUCAGGCCAAUUAAGGUCCAACAUGACGACCAAGAUGAACCCCAGCCUUGGCAGGAAGUUUCUUCAGAGAAUUAAGGAGUGCUCUAAUGUCUCAGAGCAAAUCGAUAAGCUUGGCCCUCUGGCUUGCUAUUACGAUGCUUCAAACUUGACUCCUAGCUCUAGCAAGAAGCUCCUCUCCCUGCUAGAUGACUGUGACCCUAACCCCACAAUAUUUGAGCUGAAGAAGCGGCUUGUGAACAGUGUGAUGACUGGUUCCAAUAAAUAUCAAGAGCUGCGUGACCUUGGCAGCAGCGUUACUCUGCUGUCACCCAAACAACUUUCAAAACUCACUACAGAAAAUCUCAAAAGUGUUCUUAAAAACUUGGGAACUGGUGUGAAAUGGUCCAGGAGCCAGCUGCGUGUUCUGGUCAAGAAUCAGCUGGGAGAGAAGAAGUGUGAUAAGCUUUCAGGUGAAAAGCUGAUGGAGCUUCAGUCAGUUGCAGCUGGUUUGCCAAGUUGCGUUAUAAAGAAUGUGAAGCCACAAGAUAUCCUGAGCAACACAGAAACCAUGAAGACCAUCUCAAAACAACUGAGAAAGGGGCAGCUGAAGACCAUGCUGCAGGGGCUGAGUGAGAAUGUCCCUCCCUCCGAACUGGUGCAGAAGUUGGAUGGCCCUUUACUUCGCAGUAUUUCUCUGAAGGCUCUAAAGAAAGCAAAUAUCAGCUCUUUAGAAGAAGUGGAGAAUAAAACCUGGAGUCUGCCACAGGCUGCCUAUUUGGCAAAGAAGAUGCAUGACCAAAAGCAGCUCCACUACAGGAGGCUGAAUUCUGUCCUCCAGGGCAUAACCUGCAACAUGAUUGAUCAAGUAAAUGACAGCUAUGUCCUGGAUAUGGCUCAGUCCAUAACAGAGACUCCACAGUGGCUUUCCAAAUUCCAGGCACAGUGUGCAGCAUGGAAGGUUUUUAAGACUUUGGAGAAGGAGAGGCCAGAUUAUUUCAAGAAUAUCACUGUGCUGGAGCUGGAAAGGAUUCCCACUGUGCUACUGAUUCAUCUGCUACCUUCAAAAAUAAAGGAAUUACCUCAGACUUUGUGCCCGGUCUUCCUCGGAAAGAUGGAAAUGGCCGACCUGACCUCCCUGCCUCCUCGUGCCCCAUCACGUCCUGCACUCACCGAGAGAGCUCUGCGUUGCCUGCUCAAUGGGAAGAAUAUCUCUGGGUUGACCAGUCCAGAUGUACCAAGGCUUGGCCCGCUCCUGUGCGAGAUGAAACCCUCCACACUGCGCCUUAUGGCCCCUGAAGUGUUGAAGUUCAGCCUCCAGGCCAUGGCUUCCUGCAAACACAUUCCUCAGCCUCACUGGACCGAUCUGAUCCAACUGGUCAACCAGGUGUUUGGGAGUCCCUCUGAUUGGCCAGCUGAGACCAUGGAAUCACUGGGUCCGCUUAUUCUGAUGGAUGACAAUGCCACCUCCUCUUUGCCUAAUAAACCUUGGAUGAAGGAUGUCCUUAUUUACCUGAAGCCACGCCUUACCCAAAUCUCAGAUGCACUGAGAAAGAAGAUCUUUGACCUCACCACCGACGUCACUGCAUCAAACGUAGCACGUAAAAGGCGAGCAGUUAUUGAAGAUCUCUCCAGCAACGGUACAGAACCUACAGUAGCAUUUGUUGAAGAGCUGGGCCUGGACAAUGUUUUCUGGACGGCAGCAAAUCUGGAACUGCUGUCAAACAGCACAUUCCUGGCUACUGUGGAAACGCUCGGGUCGGUCCCUGGUUACAGCUCCGACCAGCUGGACAGGCUCUAUAGAAAAGCAGUUGAGGUGUUUGGCCCAGUAGCAAACAUGACUGAAGAUGUUAUCGUUCAGCUGGGCUGUAUUACUCAAGGUUUCUCCAACUCUGAACUGGAAAAGCUUCCAUUUUCCCUGGACAGCCUGGAUGAAAUUGGCACCUGUGGUUGGAGAGACUCACAGCAGUUAGCUUCCGUUUGGAAGGCUGUUGCUGAAUAUAACAAUCUGACUGCAAAGCUGCUGGGAUCAGCAGAGAUGGUUCAGCUGAGCCGCUUCAUAUGUGGUCUGAGCUCCAAGGAAAUCAGUCAGCUCAGUGUGGCGGCCUUUAGCGAUGCAGUGGGCUCCCUGGAUGCUCCUCACUGUCCUGUCAAGGUAUUACAGGAGCUAAAAAAUGUUGCUAUAUCUGCAUUUGGAGAUCCCUGCAACUGGACCGAGGCUCAAGUUUCUGACCUGAACAACAUCAUUGCUGGUUUGAAUAAUACCGAAAUGGCUUCCCUGAGCCCCUCUGUCUUCCCCUUCAUCAGCAAGAGCAUCAUUUCCCAAAUUCCUCCUGAAAACUUUGCUGCUCUCUCCGUUGUUCAGAUGUUGGCUCUCGGUCCCGACAAUGCUGCCAUGGUGACCAGUGAACAGCGAGAAGUGCUAACAGAGGAACAAUUGAGUGUUCUUGAGAAGGUGCGCACCGGUGAGAGCGAGGAGGGGAAACAGUCUCAGUCGACAGAGUCCGGAGCUCCUGGGCUGAACCUGGAAGGAAUCUCCACCUUCAUGAAGCCUAUUCUGGUUCUCCUUUUUGGAUUCCUUCUGCUUUAAAGACGGGUCUGUUCCAUCCUGGUGCAGAAACAGGAGUCAUCCUCAUGAAGCACUUUUUCACUAUUUAAUGUGUGUCGACUGUAGUUAAGUCUUGGAUUAUUUACACUGUGUGAUUUUAGAGCUGGGUUUUAAAUGCUUCUCACAAAAUGACUUUGUAAACUGUUUAAUGGUUAUAACUGAGCUUCAAAUAUGUUCUAUGUUUAUUGUAAGAGGUUAUUGUGUUAAAAUGAAUGCUCUGUCUGGAAUGGAUCUACAGGAAAACUCCAUAUUCAUGAAGUCU